CAAGGAGAGUUGAUGAGGUGUCACACACACACGGCCAUAAUAAUAAUAAGAAGAAGCGUGUGAGUGUGAUAUCAACAACACUUUGAAGCAGCUAGCAUAAUCAAAAAUCAACUAUUAUUAUUUCAAUUUCAAUUAAUAUAUAAAAUUACCCCACAAACAAGAAAAGGUGAGCUAGCCAAAAAAACCCACUUGUAUAUAAAGGUGGGUGCGUGAGGGGGCUUCACUUGUUGUUGUGUGUCUUGUGUGUGUACCAAAAUAUUUGCUAUACCUAAGCUAAUUAGUAAGUAUACUAUACUUCUAAUUAAUCAACUCUCUACACUAGCAAUAAGUGAUCAUCUAUCUCUAUUAAGGGAAAAAAAGGAAUUAGAAGAAGAAACUAUGGGAAGGCAACCUUGUUGUGACAAGCUUGGCGUGAAAAAAGGGCCUUGGACAGCCGAGGAAGACAAGAAACUUGUGAAUUUCAUUCUGACACACGGCCAAUGUUGCUGGCGGGCUGUCCCCAAACUGGCGGGUCUCCGCCGAUGUGGGAAGAGCUGCCGCCUCCGCUGGACUAACUAUCUCCGCCCAGACUUGAAGCGUGGCCUCCUUAAUGAAGCUGAGGAACAACUUGUUAUUGAUCUUCAUGCUCGUCUUGGCAACAGGUGGUCAAAAAUUGCAGCUAAAUUACCUGGAAGAACGGACAAUGAGAUUAAGAAUCAUUGGAACACUCACAUCAAGAAAAAGCUUGUUAAGAUGGGAAUUGAUCCAGUUACACACGAACCUCUCAACAACAACAGCAACAAUAGUAUUAUCCCAAAUGAAGAAAUAAUAAAGCCUUGCACAGCUACAACAACUAAUAAUAGUAUUGAUCAGAAAACAGAAGAAGAAGAAGAAGAACAAGAAAAGGGUAUUAUUGACCAGCCCAAGAGUAACAUAAGCAUCAAAACUGAAAAUUCUUCUUCGACGGACAAUGAAUCAUCCCAACCGUCUGAUUUAAUUAACAUGUACGAUCAUGACCCUUUAAUGAGUUACUUAUUGUCAGAGAACUUUCUCAUUGAAGAUUCUUCAUCAUGGGAUUUUCCUGAGGCUACUACUACUACUACCACUACUACUAGUACUACUACUGCUGAUAACUACAGUGAUCAUAAUAAUCAUUUUGGGGUGUAUUCUUCUUCCUCAUCAGAAGAAACCUCAACUUGGUUAUUGGAGAGUAACAAGGAUUUAUUAGGGGAUGAUGGAGAACUUUGGGCUUGGUUUCUUCAAUGACUGCAUAUAUACAUAUGUAUAUUUUAUACCAAUCUCAGUUUAAUUUUACCAAUGUGAAGAAUAAGUUUACAUACAUAUAUAGCCAAAAUUAAACAAAAAAAGAAAAGGCUUAUUAAUUUGUGUAGACUUCAUAUUUGGGUUAAUACUACUCUUCAACAAAUCUUAUUGGGUUUUUGUUUCAA